AUGUCGUCCACCAGCACCUCCAAGACAAUGUCGCUGAUGAUGGGCAAGCCGGCCGACCCCAAGGAGAUCUGCGGCAUGAAGCACAUCGUUUUCGGCAAGGACGGCAUGAUGACGGCCAUGGGCGCCAACCAGCCGCUCCGCAUGAUGGGCCCCAGCGGCAGCAUGGCCGACGCUCAGGUCUUUGACAUCAAGCACAACCCGGACCACGACACCUAUUGCCUCAUGUCAAAGCAGCACAAGGGCCACGGCGUCGUCUACCCGCACACCAUCUACCCGGGCGUGCUCCUGACCAUGGGUGACAAGCCCUGCCACUUCAAGAUCUGCCACGCCCACGAGGGAUCCGGCUACAUCAUGAAGCCAGUCCAGGGCGAGGAGCACUGCGAGGGCUGCAACGUCUCGAUGGCCAUGAACAUCGUCUACCCGCCCAUGAUCGCCAUUCAGAGCUCCAACCUCGGCGUCGCCCGCUGGGCCAUCGUCAACGCCUAG